GAAAUAAUGUGCAACCGCCAUUAUUCAUUCAUUCAUUCUUUUUUUCUUUAACAUCUAGUCUUUCUUUUUACCUUGUCGCUCUUUCAAUCAUGCGCUCCAUCGUUCUGUCUGCCCUGGCGGCAGGCCUUGCACAAGCUUACACGGUGACAAAUGUUGGGUUGUUCAUGUUCAAAAACAUCGAUCCUCUGGUGGUCCCUGGCAAAUAUACUAGCCAUAUGCAUAGUUUCUUUGGCUCCGAUGCUAUUACUGCCAACACUAAAACAUCUGAAGAGCUGCAAAAGGGCUGUUCCACAGCUAAGAACCCCAACGAUUAUUCGACCUACUGGGUUCCAACCCUCUAUCAUGUCGAUGGUUCAAAUUAUACCGCAGUCCCUAUCUUCCGAUUCAGCGCCUACUAUGUCGACGUCAACAGUGCCGAGAUUGCCAUCCCCCAGAACAUGAAACUUCUGGCAGGCAAUGCCACUGCUACGUCCCAGGACGGCGUGGAUGACAACGCUGGUAUUCAAUGGUUCUGUGAUAGCCAGGCAGGAGAGGAGAAGGACGACGCAGCCUUCCCGACCGAGACGUGCAAGUACCAUCUGCAGACUCUUCUCCUCUUUCCCGACUGUGCCAACCCAGACACCCUGGAGUAUGCCUACUCGGCCAACCCCGAUUGGGUGGAUGGCUACGGCGAGAAUCGAUGCCCAAUUGGUAUGAAGCGUAUCCCUCGUCUCCGGUUCUCCAUUCGCUACGACUUGCGGAAGAUCCUUCCAGACGGCUGGUCCGGUACCCCUCCAUUGGAACUCGCCUGUGGCUCCUCAUACUGCAGUCAUGGAGAUUUUAUCAACGGAUGGCUUCCAGAGGCCGCAGAGAACAUGGUGAAGGACGCUUCCUCCAAUGACCGCGAAUAUUUCCAAGUCUCUGGUCCCAAUGGAGCGGGUGAUGAGGGUUCCUUGUGCGAUGCGGAAGAUGCUCAGGAUAGUGACCCUACCCACGGUACCAGCGACUAUUUGGAAAGUGUGAAGAUGAUGGGUAUGAGCAAGAACUCGACCUUACUGAGGAGAGGUUUGUCUCGUCGUCAAUCUUAAGCCAGGUCUAAGCCUGAGAGGUUCGCCCACAUUCAAACUAGAGCAGCUGCCUAUCACAUCUUCGAAUGGAGAUCGCUGGCCGACAUCCUGCUUUCCUGUUUUGUAAAUACCUCCAACUAUUGUCGCUCGCUUUGAUGAAUAUAUUAUGAAGAAAAUACUUCGUAGUUUGAGUAACAACAGUAAAUCCAGGAAUUUUUACACUUUUUAACUUUUUGGGGACGGUGAGGGUCUGGC